GAGAGAGCAUGCGUGAGACGACAGCUCUCUCAGAACGAUUAUAACGAGAAAAGAGAGGGAGAGGGAGGAAGACAGAUUAAGCAGACUGAACACAACUGUUGUUUUAAUCCUCUGAGCGGAUAGAUUUAGAGGGGGAAAAAACUACUGGUUUGGAGAAGAGCAGCCAUAUUGCAUGGACCUUUGGUGGAAUAACAAGAGAGGAGCAGGAAUACUCGGAGUUCAGGAGGAAACACUCAGACUUCACGAUCCGCUAAGCACUGUUACAGCUCACUCUUCUGUCUAAUUUUACUUUGACCUAUUAUUUAUUUAUUUAUUUUAUUGUGUAGAUAGUGUUAAACAACAUAUUGAAAGAUGAAGGACCGACUGGAUCAACUAAAGGCGACAUGCGAUCAUGAUGACGAGGAUGUUGAGAUCGCUGUGGACAAUGCUGCUUUUAUGGAUGAGUUCUUCGGCCAGAUCGAAGACAUCAGGAACAGCAUUGAUAAGAUUGAUGAGAAUGUGACCGAAGUGAAGAAACUUUUCUCAGUUAUUCUUUCUGCACCAACAUCAGACCAGAAGACACAGGAUGAUUUGGAGGCGCUUACUAACGACAUCAAGAAAAUGGCCAACAAUGCUCGGAACAAACUCAAGACCAUUGAAAGGAAUCUCGAGGCAGAAGAAGCAGAAAGAGUAUCAGCCGACAUGAGAAUACGCAAAUCACAGCACGCUGUUCUUUCCAGGAAGUUUGUUGAUGUGAUGACCAAAUACAAUGAAGCUCAGGUGGACUUCAGAGAGAAAAGCAAAGGUCGCAUUCAGAGACAAUUAGAGAUCACUGGUAAAGCCACAACUGAUGAGGAGCUGGAGGAGAUGCUGGAGGGAGGAAACGCAGCCGUUUUCACUGCAGGGAUCGUGGAUUCAGGGAUCUCUAAACAAGCGCUGAGUGAGAUUGAAGCGCGUCACAAAGACAUUGUGCGCCUGGAGAGCAGCAUAAAGGAACUGCAUGACAUGUUUGUGGACAUCGCCAUGCUGGUGGAGAGCCAGGGCAACAUGGUUGAUAACAUUGAAGUGAAUGUGGGUAAAGCAGUCGAUCACGUUGAAGCUGCAAAGGCUGAAACUAAGAAAGCAGUCAAGUAUCAGAGUAAAUCCAGGAAGAAAACAAUCAUUAUAGUGUCUGUGGUUGUGGCGAUUUUGGCAAUUAUUGCCUUGAUUGUGGGUUUAUCUGUAGGUCUGAGAUAAAGUCUCUGAAGAUGAUCAUACUUGGUGUGAUUGGUGCUGUUGUCCUCAUCAUCAUCAUCAUCAUCAUCCUCACACAGGUUCUGUGAUAACCUCUCCAUCAGCACAUCUCCUCUGUGGCUGCUCACGAACUCUCCUUUAUUAUAGCUGAUCACUUCCUCCUCUCCUUUUCAUCCUCUCUUCGAGUUAUGAAGCAGAUGCUCCGCCCCCUCCACCUGUGGCCCCUCCCUUCAUCAGCACAAACCAAUGGGAAACUACUCUGCUGGAAUUUGAGUGAUGGUCAAGGAAACAGAUUUUUUUUAUUGUUCUUGUAAGGACGUGACGGGAAAUGUUUAAGGAACUUCUACUACAUGCCAGGAAUGUCUUUUGAAGGAAGCAUAUUUUAAAUACAUGGACAAAACAAUGAGCACCGAAUAAGGGAUUUUUAUGAGAAUUACAAGGGAAAGGUAACCAUUUCAUGCCUUAAUGUUUUUAUUGUUUUAGCCUGUGUUCUUAAGACUUACUCAGACUUCAAUGGCUACAUCUACUGGACGAGCUACUAAAAUGCUUUUGAUCAAAAGGGCUCAGAGACUCAGAGGUGAUUUCGGCUUCUGUUCAAAGACCCUGUGAAAUGAACACAAUAAGCUAAGCAUUGAUGGGUCGUCCAGAAUGGAAGCGCACAUCUGUAUGUUUUUUAAUGUGAUGAUAAACUUCUGUACGUGAAAACCAGAAUUAACCAAAUGAAUAAAUUACAUUAUAUAUUUUCUAA